AUGGCCCACCGUACCACCCUGUUUAGACGGAAAUUGAAGGAAGAGGACCCUGACGAGUACAAAGCUUUUCUGGAGAAGAGAAGGAAGGCGGAAAAGGCCAAGCGCGACGAGGAAAAAAGGAAGGAGGAGGCAGGAGAACUGACACAUGCUGAAAAAGAAAAACUAGAGCUGAAAAGAGCUGAGAGAAACGCUAUACAAAAAGAAAAAUAUCACAGGAAAAAGGCAAAAGCCGAAGCAGCAGCCGCGGGAAAGCGCCUCAAUAGAACUAGGGGCCAGCCAGUGACUCCCGCCCCUGGGAAACGUCCAAAGGACAUGUCACCUGAAGAAUAUCAGCGCUAUCGGGCAGCUCAAAGGAAGGCCAGUCGCGAUUCACAAAGCACCCAGAAAAAAAAGGCACUGAAUGCUAAACGAAGAAGGGAAUACCACAUGAAGAAGGCAGUAGCAAAAGCAGCAUCCACAGGAAAACGCCUCAAAAGAGCUAGUGGUCAGGCAGUGACUCCCACAAUUUUGAAACGUCCAAAGGACAUGUCACUUGAAAAAUAUUGGCGCUCUCAGGCAGCUCAAAGAAAGGCCAGUUAUGAUUCACAGAACGCCCAGAAAAAAACUGUACUGAAUGGCAGCAGUAAAAUGAGUUCACAAGAGACGGUGCUUGCCGAAAUUGAUGUACAACCGCAAGGAGAUGGGCAUUUCUAUCUGCAAACAAGGCUAAAAGAUGGUGGUAGAGAAGGUUUCACCUUGACUUUAACAGAUGGAGCCAGUGUUUGGGAUGGGACAAUCUCUGAGGACAUGUUAGACCAACUCUGCAAGAAGAGAAAGAUGGAUUUUAACACAUAUGUUGAUCAGACGAGAGCGGCUUUUACGAGACAGGAAAUGGGUGAUCUUUGCUUCGAGUAUCACUUAUCAACUCAAACCCCAGAGACGGCUCAACUGGCAUGGAAAAAACAUCUUGUUGCUGAUGACAUAAAGUUUCAACUUGGCAACGUGAAGCUCCAUAAGUGCACAGAACCCGUGAAAAAGAUUUGCAGCAUGAUGAGCCAGUGCAUCUCCAACAACAGAUCUCUCCAAGCAGAUAUCAAGGCCCUGGAGACGACCAAUGAGAGGCUGUCUGCAGAACGCCAGAACGCACUCAAGAGGUUGGAAAAAUGUGUGACAGCCAAAGAAGAAUUAGAACUUGACUUGUAUUCUAAGUUUGUUGCUGUUUUAAACAGCAAAAAGCAAAGAAUCCAGCAACUGGUGGAAAAUGGUGAUGCUGAGUCACUGGAUGGUCAGCCAGAUUCUCCUGUUGCAAGCACGUCCAGGGAAGAAAUUCCAUCCUCUAAACCUGAGACUGUUCCAGCUGUUAAAAAUGGAAGCCAGUCGAAACAAAAACGCAGCAGUGACUCUGAGGACCCAGACACAGAUGAAGAGGACCACAGGACUAAAAGACAGAAGAGAAGUCCGGUUCCUCCAAAGAUAAAAACUGUGGUCUCAGACACCUCACUCAAUCUCGGAGAUGGCAUAGAAGAAGAGGAAGAAAAGAUGGCCACUGUUGCACGCAGGCCCAGAAGACAAGCGCCGAGUAAAAAACAAACCCCAGCCAAGCCCGUGUUACCGCGGGUGUCUUCUGGAAACUCCUCCCAAAGGCCUGGCAGUGCAAGUCGUAAGUCAAGUUUACGCAAAAGUGGUUCUGAUAACUCCAAUAAGUCCACUGACAACCUUGACCCUGAUGACCUCCUAGAUAACUUCUAGACACACACUGCCAUAAUGUCCAUUAGCACUUCUUCUUACUGAUGUUCACUUGGGUCAAUGAGGCAAACCUGUUUUGCCCCUGCAGAUAUUGAUGUGUGAGGUGGGGGGGGGAUGAUAUUUAGUAUAAGAUAAAGCUUUAUUGUCAGCUUUAUUGUCGUUGAUUUGGUUUUUCACCACGUACCCAUGCACAAGCAUACACACACGCAUGCUCUCACACACACACACACACACACACAGAGACACACGCUUGCAUGUAGUCAUGAUUAUGGGGUAUGUCUAAUGGAAUCUACUCUGGUGCAUUUUACCUGUGUUGGGCAAAGCAGGGCAGACUAUAGAGGCUUUAUUUUGUUAGCGUUUCCUUUACAGAAAACAACUGAAUUUUUAAUUUAACAGUUUACACAAUUGUAAAUAUAGUAGAUUUAUGAAUUAUUAAAGUGAUGACAAAUGAUUGCAUAUAUUUCGUAUAGACACCUAUUUUUUAUUGGUUUCCACCCGUGGACAUGGUCCAUAAUCCAUCAAAGAAUGUGUGUGAUGGAAUUUUUCUCAUUAUCUGAAUGCCUAAGAAUCUGUUUAAAAAUAAAUAUCCACCUAGGAACCCAGUUUGAGUGAGCUCUGGGCUACAGACUUUUCUGAGCUGUUUGGGUGAAGAGAGAGGGGUUGUCGUGGACUAAAUAAGCUCAUCCAUUUUGCAUAGCGAUGAUCAUCGAGUUACCUGAGAACAAGACACUGAGUCUAAAAAAGCGCCAAUGCUAAAUGUCAAGAGGAAAAUCUUUUUCUGUCUUCCUUUUUUUAUUUUAAAAAAAAAGAAAGAAAAUAUUAAGUUUUUCUGUACACAGUCGUUCUUUUGAAAUGAAAAAUGUGUAUGCCUGAUGUACUGUGAGUUGUUUAUGGGCAAAUAGGUCUGUGAAUGUUAUUGAGGAAGGCUCCUGUGAAUAAAUGAAUUAGUGAGAAAAUAUACUUGUGAAUGUGAAGAGGAUGAGAAGAUGGAGAGUAAAUUAUGAAAUUUAAGUAAAAGAAUAAUGGUGUGUAUGGAUGAAGAGAAAAGAUGAAAAUGGGGUCAAUAUGAGUCUUGAGAGAUGCUACUAAUUUAUAUAAAUAGGACCAAUCUUAUUUUUCACUGUCUGACUUAGCUUUCUUCUGUUAGGAAAAACACAUGAUCUAUCAAUGAAUUCUUUAAUUUGUGUGUGUGCCUGUGAAAACGAAGCAAUGUGUUGGCAGAGUAAAUUUUGCUUCAGACCUCAUUAUGUGUGAAGUAGUCAUUCAAGAACCAAAACUGCAGUUUUGGCUUGCAGAAACACUAUGUGGCUUAUUAAUGUUUUUAGUUAUUACAGUUCAAGCAUGCGACACUGUGAAAUCUGAAAAAGUGACACUUUGACUUCAUUUGUCUGUUUGUGUCUUCAUACCUCGUCUACCAGCGUCUGGUCUCAUUUAGGAGACCCGAGUUCAAUUCCCAAAUAGGGAGAAUGUUUAUUGAAUGCCUCUAUAUUUCUGUAUUUCUGUUGGGAUGUUGUAUCCCUCUCAGCCUGAGUUGGCUCUGACAGGCAGGGUCGGAUGCCCACCUAAAUGAUGAUCUAAAUUGUGUUGAAGGGGGCAAUAAAACACCUACACUUAAAA